UUUUCCGUAGUUUCCGCCUUUCAUCCGGUACACGCGGUCGAGGUACGCCGUGAUAAACGUCGCGUAAUUGAAAGAAAAUAUAUCCUAAGUUUUCCACAGAAAUUUUUCGAAUCCUAUGAUAGCGUGUAUGGUUUGAAAUCGACUAUAUUCCGUGAAAAAAUGGCGCGAUAUGGACAGAGACCUGAGAAUGCUCUGAAAAGAGCAAAUGAAUUCAUUGAAGUAGGCAAACCAGCCCGAGCAUUAGAUACUUUGCAAGAAGUCUUCCGCAAUAAAAAAUGGACAUACAAUUGGUCAGAAUCGGUAUUGGAACCGAUAAUGUUCAAAUAUUUGGACUUAUGUGUGGAGCUGAAGAAAUCACACAUAGCAAAGGAAGGCCUAUUUCAGUAUCGAAAUAUGUUCCAAUCGGUAAAUGUUGGAAGUUUAGAAAAUGUCAUACGUGGAUAUUUACGCAUGGCAGAAGAAAAAACAAAUCAAGCGCGGAAACAGAGUCAACAGGCUGUUAUAGAUAUAGAUGACCUUGAUAACUUAGCCACACCUGAAAGCAUACUGUUGUCGGCGGUCAGUGGCGAAGACGCGCAAGAUCGAAGCGAUCGCACUAUUCUGACGCCAUGGGUGAAAUUUCUAUGGGAAUCUUAUUGCCAGUGCUUAGAAUUAUUAAGAACAAAUGCUCAUGUUGAAACGUUAUAUCAUGAUAUCGCACGUAUGGCCUUCCAGUUUUGUCUUGAAUAUAAUCGUAAGACUGAAUUUCGUAAAUUGUGCGAGAAACUACGAAAACACUUAGAGGAGAUUUGUAAACUACCGGCCCUAGUUUCAAAUGUUUCCAUGAACAGGGCGGAGACGCAACAGCUGAAUUUGGAAACGCGACUAAAUCAACUUGAUUCUGCAAUACAAAUGGAGCUGUGGCAAGAAGCAUUCAAAUCCUCCGAAGAUGUACAUGGUAUGAUGAAUUUAUCUAAGAAACUUCCAGUACCAAAAACCAUGGCCAACUAUUACCAGAAAUUAGCCAUGGUUUUCUGGAAGGCAGGUAACUAUCUAUUCCAUGCUGCCGCAUUGUUUAAAUUGCUGCAACUCUCCCGCGAAAUGAAAAAGAAUAUGUCUUUGGAGGAACAGCAGAGAAUGGCCAAUCGUGUGUUAUUGGCCACCCUAUCUAUCCCACUGCCAUCAGCGCACCCUGAAUUUGAUCGUUUUAUAGAAACAGACAAGAGUCCAUUAGAGAAAGCUCAGAAACUUGCUACACUUCUAGGACUCACUCAGCCACCAACGAGAGUUUCCUUGCUUAAAGACAUUGUUCGUUUGAACAUCGUUAAUUUAGCAUCACCACAAUUGCAAGAAUUGUAUUCGUGGCUCGAGGUCGAGUUUCAUCCUCUGGAGCUAUGUAGCCGAGUAGAUUCUGUCAUUCAAACGCUACAAGCAGACGAAAAUAGUCCAUUGAUUCAGUAUGUCCCAGCUUUACAAGAUGUAACACUCGUACGUCUGGUUCAUCAAAUAUCCCAGGUUUAUCAGACGAUACAAUUCGCUAGGCUUUUGGAACUUGCCAAAUUUACGACAGACUUUCACCUAGAACGUCUGCUGGUGGAUUGUGUAAGAUACAACGACAUGCAGAUAAGGAUUAGUCACGGAAAAAAGUGUGUCCACUUUGGAGUUGAUUUGUCGGAAGCUCAGAGAGAAGAUCAUCCCGAUGGUCCCGUGUUACAAGCAAUGCCUUCUGAACAGAUUCGCUGUCAACUUGUAAAUAUGGCCACUGUGCUGCAUCGAGCGAUCAAUAUUAUUAAUCCGAAUAAGAAGAAGAUGGAGCGAGAGAAAUUGCGUUCCGCCAUGGUAAGCCAUUAUCAUGAAACCAAAAUGAAAGAACACCAGAGAAUCCUAGGAAGACACAAGAUCAUAGAAGAAAGAAAAGAAUAUAUUGAACAUAUUAAUACAGUCCGCGAGGAAGAGGAAAUGCGAAGACAGGAAGAGCUCCAGAGGCAGCAAAUGUUAGCAGAGCAGAAGAGACUCGAACAAGAGAGAGAAGAACGUGAAAGGAAGCGACAACAGAGUGAGAUCCAACAGAUUAAGGAUAGACAUUUGAAGGAGAAGAUGCAACAGAUAUCUCAAACUAGUCAUGGUCAGAAGGUACUGAAGAAAUUGGAUGAGGAUGAAAUCAAGAAGCUAGAUGCAGAACAAAUUGCAGCUCGAGAAGCAGAAGAAUUGCAGAAAGAACGUAGAGAGAUGCAGCAGAAAUUGAAGUCACAGGAGAAGAAAAUAGAUUACCUGGAACGUGCUAAACGUUUAGAAGAAAUACCACUACUAGAGAAAGCAGUUGAAGAAAAAAUGGAAUUAGCUAAACAACGCUGGGAACAACAGGAAGCUGAACGAAUUGCUGCAGCUAUUGAGGAGAGACAGCAGGCUGUUGCUACUCGUGAACGUAUGGCGAGGAUGAAGGAGGAUCAUGAUAUUUUCUUAGCGAAAAUUUUGGCCGAGCGUAAGAGUAUUUAUUUAGAGAAGUUGAAAGAAUUUGAGAGAGUAUUGAACGAGGAGAGAGUUAGCAGAUUGCUGAAACGUAAGAUGGAGCGUAAGGCUGAAAGAAAAGCGAAAUGGGAGAAGGAACGAGCUGAGGCUAUUGAGAGAAAACGUCUAGAGGAAUUGCGUAUUAAACAGGAGGAAGAGAAACGACGUUUGGAGGAGGAAAGAGCUAAGAGAGAGGAGGAAGAGAGAUUGAGACGCGCAGAGGAAGAAGCGAGGGAAGCUGAACGUCUAGCUAAGAUUGAAAAACAGGCAGAAAUUACUAGAGCUAGAGAAGCUGAAAUAGAACGAAAGUUAGAAGAGGAGAGACAGAGGGACAAGGAAAUAACCAGAUGGAGAGGAGGUGAACGUCAUCGUAUAUCAGAAAGGCCAGUCGAAAUGUCAUGGCGUCGUCCUGUUGAUGCAAAAGAUGACGGUAUGAAGGAAGAAUCCACUCGCUGGAAGAGACGGGACGCGAGAGAGGGACAAGAUAAUAAAUGGCGAAGGGAUGACGAUAAACCGAAGAAAGAUACCAUCGAGAGAUGGAGAAAAGACGAUUACGAUAAGGAUGAUACAAGGGAUCGGACAGAUAAAGAUCGUGGAAUGGAUGGACGUCCAAUGCGUGACAUUCCACGUGAUUCGUUAUCUGAUGGACCUCGUAAUCGUGGCAGAAUGCCUGAUCGUCGUGGAGGUGGUGGCGGCGGCAGCGGUGGGGGCGGCGGCGGCGGCGGUGGCGGUGGCGGUGGUGGAACGCGUAGUCAAAAUUGGCGCGACAAAAGCGAUACAAUACAAAAUUCGCCACGAGACUUUCCGAGACGUGAUGAAAAGCGAGAUGAUACUAAAGAUGAUAGACUUCCACCAAAACACGAUGAGAGAAGACGACCGCCUGAAGACGAUGGAUGGUCACAGGAUAAAGACACAAGGAUGACAGCUGCAGGAUAUAAAUUACGUACAGAAUUUUCCAAUCUUCUCGGAGCAAUUAUCUGAAACGUUUUAGAGAAGUGGCUGAGUAAUAAAGUUAUACCGACCGAGGUAGCACACAGAUAAUAAAGACAGACUGUCGUGCUUGGUUGUUCUUUCGAAGAUAAGAUCACCCUCCUUGCGUCGAAUGAAAGUUAUGUAAAACGCGUUGUUGGUGAGAAACUCGUCAGAAACUCAGAUUAGCCAACGGUGAACAGAUUGAAUAAUUUAACAGAUCAGUGUCCGUGUCCAGUACACGAUCGUGUUGAAAAACUACGUGGUCAGUGUUUUAAAUCAUAAACUUCAUCGUAAAUUGAAUUGUGCAAAUAGCACCGAUGUUUCCUGGUAAUCUUUGUGGCAAGCAAUCACGUACAUCCAAUACGAGCUCGCAUUCUAGAUGCUUGAAAAACCCUUCGGUUAUUCGAUUACGAGAAAACAAGCGAAAAUCAUAGGCGAAACGUAUGAUAGCCGGUUUUGUUGAUUUUUUCAAUUUGUUACUCAGUGGAUAAAAGAAAAUAUUUUAAUGUAAGAAAAAGAAAAUGGUAUGGGAC